GUGAACCUUCAGCGGACUCCACUGAACUCGAGAGGUGAUGGGACACCUGUGGAUCUGGGACACCUGGGUCCUCUGGGGGCUGCUUGUGUGCAACGUGGACACCCGCACAGAUGGUGCUAGAAUAGUUCCCCGAGUCACAGAAGUAACACCUAAAUUUGGCAGCAUAAAUGGAGCAACAAGGCUGACUAUCAAAGGAGAAGGGUUUGCUCAAGCAAAUGAGUUUAACUAUGGAGCUGACAACACAGAGUUGGGAAACAAUGUGCAACUAGUUUCUUCUUUCCGGUCAAUUUCUUGUGAUGUAGAAAAAGAUUCAAGCCAUUCAACUCAAAUUACUUGCUAUACCAGAUCUAUGCCAGAAGAUUCCUACAUGGUUAGAGUCAGUGUGGAUGGGGUUCCUGUUACAGAAAAUAAUACUUGCAAAGGUCACAUCAACAGCUGGGCGUGCAGCUUCAAUGCAAAACGUUUCAGAACACCAACAAUAAGGAGCAUCACACCUUUAUCUGGAACUCCAGGUACACUGAUAACCAUCCAAGGCAGAAUCUUCACUGAUGUCUAUGGAAGUAAUACUGCACUAAGCUCAAAUGGGAAAAAUGUUAGGAUUUUGAGAGUUUAUGUUGGAGGAAUGCCCUGUGAGCUUCUCAUACCACAAUCUGAUGAUCUGUAUGGUCUAAAAUUAGAUCAUUCCAGUGGAGACACAGGCUCUAUGAUUUGUAAGACAACUGGAAGUUAUAUUGGUCAUCACAAUGUCAGCUUCAUUUUAGACAGUGAUUAUGGAAGGAGUUACCCACACAAAAUGACAUAUUUUGUUUCUUCUCUCAACAAAAUUUCAAUGUUUCAAACAUAUGCAGAGGUCAGUAUGAUUUCACCUUCACAAGGAAGCACUCAAGGAGGCACCAUACUAACUAUACAUGGACGGUUCUUUGAUCAGACAGAUUUCCCAGUUAGAGUUCUAGUUGGAGGCCAAGCAUGUGAUAUUUUGAAGGUCACAGAAAAUAGUAUAUGUUGCAAGACACCCCCUAAACCUGAUAUUCUCAGAUCUGUCUAUCCAGGUGGGAGAGGCCUAAAGCUUGAGGUAUGGAAUAAUACCCGGCCAGCGCAUCUUGAAGAUAUACUUGAAUACAACGCAAAAAUGCCAGGGUACAUGGGUAUCAGCUGGGUAGAUUCAGCUUCCUAUAUUUGGCCCCUGGAAGAGGACACAUUUGUUGCACGCUUAAGUGGAUUUUUGGUGGCUCCUGACUCUGAUAUUUAUAGAUUCUACAUUAAAGGUGAUGAUCAUUAUGCUAUUUAUUUCAGCAAGACUGGACUUCCAGAAGAUAAGGUAAGGCUUUCAUAUCAUUCUUCUAAUGCUGACAAUUAUUUCUCAAGUCCAACACAAAAAUCAGAUGAUAUUCAUCUUCAGAAAGGAAAAGAAUAUUACAUUGAAAUCUUGCUUCAAGAGUAUAGACUAAGUGCUUUUGUUGAUGUUGGACUAUACCAGUACAGAAAUGUCUAUACUGAACAGCAAACAGAAGAUGCAGUAAAUGAAGAGCAAGUUAUCAAAUUUCAGUCUACAGUUAUCCAGGAAGUACAGGUGAUAACACUGGAAAACUGGGAAACAACUCAUGCUACUAAGGAAGUCCAGAAAAUCAUAGUAACCAGUCCUUGUGUGGAAGCUAAUUCAUGCUCACUUUACCAUUAUAGAUUAAUCUAUAACAUGGAAAAAACUGUCUUGCUAACUGCUGAUGCUUCUGACUUCAAACUACAAUCGGCCUUAAAUGACCUUUGGUCUAUAAAACCGGAUACUGUUCAAGUAAUAAGAUUUAGAAACUCUCAAAGUUAUGUUUACAUGGUAACCUUUAUAUCAACAAGAGGUGACUUUGAUCUGCUUGGUUAUGAAAUAUUUGAAGGAAGCAAUAUCACACUAAAUAUCAUAGAACAAAUCAAAGGAAAACCCAGUUUGGACACAUUCACACUGAACUGGGAUGGGGUCAUUUCUAAGCCUCUUACCCCAUGGUCAUCAGAAGCUGAUUUUCAGGCAGCAGUGGAAGAAAUGGUUACAGCUAAGUGUCCACCACAAAUUGCAAAGUCUGAAGAAGGAUUUGUUGUAAAAUACUUCAGAGAUUUUGAAACUGAUUUUAACCUGGAACAGAUUAAUAGAGGGCAGAGGACAGCUGAGACUGAUGCUUACUGCGGUCGUUAUUCCUUGAAAAACCCAGCUGUGCUUUUUGACUCAGCAGAUGUUAAGCCAAACAGACUACCAUAUGGAGACAUUUUAUUAUUUCCUUAUAACCAAUUAUGUUUAGCCUACAAAGGAUCCCUGGAAAAUUAUCUUGGUCUAAAAUUCCAUUAUCAAGACAAAAGCAGGAUUACUAGAAACAGUGAUGUACAGUUUAUAUACAACUUUGCUAGUGGAGACAACUGGACUUAUGCUUGCAUAGACCUUCUGGACCUCAUACAAACCAAAUAUGCUGGGACGAAUUUUUCUCUUCAAAGGAUUACAUUACAGAAAAAAAUUCAAUCACAGUCCUUCUAUGUGGAUAUAGUAUACAUUGGACAGACACCUACACUCUCAACAUGGGAUGACGUGCCAAACAGAAGACUUCCAGCAUUAGCAAACAGAGGAAUAUUUUUAAAGAAUUUUCAGGUGAACCAGACCAAAAUGAAAGGACUCAGUGUGACCAAUCAAUAUUUUGUCACCAUGACUUCAUAUCAUUGCAGUUAUAAUAUACCCCUGAUGGCUGUGAGCUUUGGACAGGUAAUCACAAAUGAGACAGAGAAUGAGUCUGUUUACAGAGGGAAUUAUUGGCCAGGAGAGUCAAAGAUUCGUAUUCAGAGAAUUCAAGCAGCAUCUCCACCUCUAAGUGGCAGCUUUGACAUUCAUGCUAAUGGACACAUUCUUAAAGACCUCCCCGCUGCUGUUCCAGCUGCAGAUUUACAAUUCGCUCUCCAGAGUCUUGAGGGAGUGGGACAAGUCUCAGUUACACGUGAGGGAACCUGUGCUGGAUACUCCUGGAACAUAAAGUGGAGAAGUUCAUGUGGAAAGCAGAGUCUCCUACAGAUUAAUGACUCCAACAUUAUUGGAGAAAAAGUUCAUGUGACAGUUACAGAGAUAAAAGAAGGAGGCUUAUUCAGAAAAACCAUACUUGGAGAUCUGCUUCGGACACCCAACAAGCAACCACAGGUUGAAGUCUAUGUCAAUGGAAUUCCUGCUAAGUGUUCAGGUCACUGUGGUUUUACUUGGGAUCCCACCAUUACACCUCUCAUCUCUUCCACAAGUCCUUCUCAAGGGUCCUAUGAAGAAAACACAACUCUAGCCAUACUGGGCUCUGGAUUUUCUCCUAGUUCAUCUGUGUCAGUCUCAGUUGGACCAGUAGGUUGCCAUCUUAUUUCUGUGGAUGGUGGUACUGUUCUCACUCUAUCAGGAUUUGGUUUUAAUGAAAAUUCAAAAGUACUAGUUGGAAAUAAAACCUGCCAUGUGAUUGAAGGUGCUUUGAAUAAGAUUACCUGCAGAACACCCAAACGAAUUGAGGGAACAGUUAAUAUCUCAGUUAUUACAAAUGGAUUUAAAACCACAACAAAGGAUGCUUUUAGUUACAACUGUUUACAGACUCCAGUUAUAACUUACUUUAGUCCCAAAGUGAGAACCAUACUAGGAGAAGGUCAUUUAACAAUUAAGGGCUAUAAUAUUGGAAAUGAACUGACACAAAAUGUGGAGGUGCAUGUUGGAAGGAAGCCUUGCCAAAUUCUUCACUGGAAUUUCACAGAUAUCAGAUGCCUUUUGCCCACCUUGUCUGCUGGAAAACAUGAUAUUAGUGUAGAAGUCAUAAAUUGGGGGUUUGCAUCCACAAGAGACAAGUUAAAUACUUCUAUACAGUACAUUUUGGAAGUAAGGGACAUGUUUCCACAGAGAGGCUCCUUGUUUGGUGGAAUUGAUCUCACUAUAAUGGGCUUGGGGUUCAGCCCAGAACCAACUGAGAAUACUGUGCUUUUAGGGUCCUUCCCUUGCAAUGUGACAUCAUCAUCAGAAAAUGUCAUAAAAUGUACACUUCAUUCAACAAAGAAUCUAUUCAGAAUCACCAACAGUGGGGAAGAUUCAGUACAUGGAUUAGGUUCUGCCUGGUCACCACCAGUCUUAAAUAUAUUUGUGGGAGAUACAGUUAUGUGGCAUUGGCAAACACAUCCAUUUAUUAAGGGGAUUGGAUAUAGAGUUUUCUCUGUCUCAACUCCUGGAAGUGUAACCUAUGAUGGGCAGGGAUUUACAAGUGGAAGAGAAAGAUCUGCAUCUGGUUCAUUUUCUUACCAAUUUACUUCACCUGGAAUCCAUUAUUAUAGCAGCGGAUAUGUUGAUGAAGCUCACUCUAUGUUUCUCCAAGGAGUCAUUAAUGUUUUACCAGCAGAAACCAGAUACAUCCCCCUGCAUCUGUCUGUGGGAAGUACCGAAGCCACAUAUGCUCUGGGAGGAUAUGUGAAUUUGCACUUGGGAAGAUCUGUAACAGACUGCCUAGCGACAGAACCCUUAUGUGACCUGAACAAUACUGAGGCUAAAACUUCCGACAGAAUGUUCUUUGAGCUUUCAAGUUGUUUUUCACCAUCUAUAAGCAAUAUUAGUCCAUCUUCUGGAACCCUAAAUGAUUUGAUAACGAUUACUGGUCAUGGUUUCAGUAAUCUCACAUGUGCUAAUAAGGUUACAAUUGGUGGCUACCCCUGUGUUGUAGAAGAAAGUCAUGAUGAUUCCAUUAUAUGUCACGUUGACCCUCAAAACUCAAUGGAUGUUGGCAUCAGGGAAAUUGUUACAUUAACUGUCUCCAACUUAGGCAAUGCUAUCAACACUCUGCCCAAUGAAUUUGACAGGCGAUUUGUCCUCUUGCCAAAUAUUGACAUAGUAUUGCCCAAUGCAGGAUCAACUACAGGAAUGACAAAAGUGACCAUAAAAGGCUCUGGAUUUGCAGCCUCUUCCAAAGAUGUAAACAUCCUUAUGGGUCAUUUUCCAUGUUACAUUCUAUCCAUGAAUUACACUGUCAUCGAAUGUGAAACAUCUCCUGCUCCCCAACAGCUUGUGGAAGUCAAUCUUCUAAUACAUGGAGUACCUGCCCAAUGCAAGGGGAACUGCAGCUUUUCUUAUUUAGAAAGCAUCAUUGCUUUCAUUACUAGGGUCUCGCCAAAUUCUGUCAUAGGUUCUGGCAACAUUCUGAUUGAAGGAGAGGGGUUUGGCACCAUCUUGGAAGACAUUGCUGUUUCCAUUGGAAGUCAACCAUCCAGAGCAAUAGAUGUUAAUGAAAAUAACAUCACUGUUCAUGUGACUUCUCUCCCAGCCGGACUUCAUUCUCUUAGAGUUGUUGUGAGAACUAAAGGCUUGGCUGUGGGAAAUCUUACUGUGAACAGCCCCACGGUAGCAUCUCUCACACCAACUUCUGGAAGUAUUGGUGGAGGCAACACUUUGGUGAUCACAGGAAAUGGCUUCGAUUCAGACACUACUACUGUGACUAUUGGAAAUGAGCCAUGUCAAAUUAUUACUGUUAAAUCUACUAAAGUCCAGUGCUAUACCCCAGCAGGGAGAGCUGGAAGGGUCAGUGUGAAGAUCCUUGUUAAUACAGUUGCUUAUCCUCCUCUACCAUUUACCUAUGCGUUGGAGGAAACUCCUCUUCUCAAAGGAAUUGUCCCAAGAACAGGUCCACCAGGAACUGAAAUUCAGAUCACAGGUGCUAAUUUCGGCAUUGCUAUCUCGGAAAUUUCAGUAAUGAUAAAUAAUGCUCCGUGUAAUGUGACCAUGGUGAAUGAGAGUGUAUUGCAGUGCAUUGCUGGAGAUCACGCUGGUGGCACUUUUCCUGUUGUGAUGCAUCAUAAGGCCAAAGGCUCUGCUGUGUCCACAAUUGUAUACGAGUACCCACUUGCCAUUCAACAUAUUCAUCCAAGUCAAGGGAGCUUCGGUGGUGGUCAAACCAUGACUGUGACAGGCACUGGGUUUAAUCCACAAAACUCAAGUAUAUCAAUGUGUGAUUCAGAAUGUGCAGUUGACAGGCUUAAAUCUGAUUACACAACAUUAUUAUGCACAAUUCCACCUCAUACUGGCAGGGGACCUGAGCAAGUUUGUGAUGUGAGUGUGGUCAAUGGGAAGGACAGGUCCCAAUCCACUACUUCUUUUACAUACUCCUUGUCACUGACUCCGCUCGUCACCAAAAUAUCUCCCACAAGAGGCAGUACAGCCGGGGGCACCAGACUGACAGUCAUGGGAUCUGGCUUCAGUGAAAACCUGCAGGAUGUUUUCAUUACCAUAGCUGAAGCCAAAUGUGAUGUUGAGUUUUCCAACAAGACAUAUAUCAUCUGCAUGACAAAUGCUCACAUCCAUUCAGGGAGCUCUCCAGUGCAUGUCAACAUAGCAAGCAUUGGCGUGGCCAAAUCGGAUAAUGCUGACUUCUUAUAUGUUGAUGUUUGGUCCUCAAACUCCUCAUGGGGUGGAAAAUCUCUUCCAGAAGAAGGAUCACUUGUAGUUAUUACAAAAGGACAAACAGUUUUGCUGGAUCAAAGUACCCCUGUUCUGAAAAUGUUGCUUAUUCAGGGUGGAACUCUAAUAUUUGAUGAAGUUGACAUUGAACUCCAUGCAGAAAACAUUCUAAUUACAGAUGGAGGCGUUCUUCAGAUUGGGACAGAAGAGUCCCCAUUCCAACAUAAGGCCAUCAUUACCUUGCAUGGGCACCUAAGAUCACCUGAACUUCCAGUAUAUGGCGCCAAAACACUGGCUGUGCGAGAGGGGAUCCUGGAUCUUCAUGGUCAACCUGUUCCUGUGGUCUGGACUCGUUUGUCUCAAACUGCAAAAGCCGGGGAAAGGAUUUUGAUUUUACAGGAAGCUGUAACAUGGAAACCUGGAGAUACAAUUGUAAUUGCUAGCACAGGACACAGGCACAGUCAACAAGAGAAUGAAAAAAGCACCAUCGCAUCUGUAUCUGCUGAUGGUACAAACAUUACACUGACUAACCCACUGAAUUACACUCACUUGGGAAUCACCAUCACACUUCCUGAUGGGACUCUCUUUGAAGCUAGGGCAGAAGUUGGAAUUCUUACAAGAAAUAUUUUGAUAAGAGGAUCUGAUCAGAUGGAAUGGAGUAACAAAAUUCCAGCAUGUCCUGAUGGAUUUGACACAGGUGAAUUUGCUACACAGACAUGUUUCCAAGGAAAGUUUGGAGAAGAAAUAGGUAGUGACCAGUUUGGAGGCUGCAUCAUGUUUCAUGCUCCUGUACCUAGUGCCAAUAUGGUGACUGGAAGAAUAGAAUAUGUAGAGAUAUUCCAUGCUGGCCAGGCUUUCCGGUUGGGACGAUAUCCAAUCCACUGGCACCUUCUUGGUGAUUUACAAUUCAAAUCUUAUGUAAAAGGUUGUUCAAUUCACCAGACCUAUAACAGAGCUGUUACUAUCCACAAUACGCAUCACCUUCUGGUUGAGAGGAAUAUUAUCUAUGAUAUUAAAGGAGGAGCAUUUUUUAUCGAAGAUGGUAUUGAGCAUGGCAAUAUCCUACAAUAUAACUUGGCAGUAUUUGUUCAGCAAAGUACUAGCCUUCUGAAUGAUGAUGUGACGCCUGCUGCAUUUUGGGUGACCAACCCAAACAACACCAUAAGACACAAUGCAGUCGCUGGGGGCACUCACUUUGGCUUCUGGUACCGAAUGAACAACCAUCCGGAUGGACCAUCCUAUGACCCAAACAUUUGCCAGAAAAGAGUUCCUCUUGGAGAGUUUUUUAAUAACACCGUUCAUUCUCAAGGUUGGUUUGGAAUAUGGAUCUUUGAAGAAUAUUUUCCCAUGCAAACUGGAUCUUGUACUUCAACAGUACCAGUACCUGCUGUGUUUAAUUCACUCACUACUUGGAAUUGUCAAAAAGGAGCCGAGUGGGUCAAUGGUGGUGCCCUUCAGUUCCAUAACUUUGUGAUGGUUAAUAACUAUGAGGCUGGAAUUGAGACCAAGAGGAUCCUCACUCCUUAUGUUGGAGGGUGGGGAGAAGACAAUGGAGCCAUGAUAAAAAAUGCCAAAAUAGUUGGUCAUCUUGAUGAACUGGAGAUGGGGUCUACAUUUUGUACGACAAAAGGCCUGGUACUCCCAUUUAGCGAAGGCUUAACUGUAUCUUCUGUGCACUUUAUGAACUUUGACCGUCCCAAUUGUGCAGCUCUGGGUGUUACAUCCAUCACUGGAGUUUGUAAUGAGAGAUGUGGAGGUUGGAGUGCAAAAUUUGCUGACAUCCAAUAUUUUCAUACACCCAACAAGGCUGGUUUUCGAUGGGAACAUGAAGUGGUACUGAUCGAUGUUGACAGUACACUGACGGGCAAGAAAGGAUACACUGUCAUUCCGUACAGCUCAUUGCUGGACCCUUCUCACUGCACUCAAGAGGCUGAGUGGAGUGUUGGAUUCCCUGGGUCUGUGUGUGACACCUCAGUCAGCUUUCACCGAUUAGCAUUCAACAAACCAUCUCCAGUAGCUCUGCUUGAAAAAGAUGUGGUUCUUUCAGACUCUUUUGGCACAAGUAUUGUACCCUUUCAGAAGAAACGAUUAACUCACAUGUCAGGAUGGAUGGCUCUGAUUCCAAAUGCCAGGCAUAUUAACUGGUAUUUUAAAGAUGUUGAUCACAUAACCAACAUAUCAUAUACAUCCACAUUCUAUGGAUUCAAGGAAGAAGACUAUGUGAUUAUAUCUCAUAACUUCACUCAAAAUCCUGAUAUGUUUAAUGUCAUUGAUAUGAGGAAUGGCUCCUCAAAUCCAUUAAGUUGGAACACUAGCAAAAAUGGAGACUGGCACCUUGAAGCCAACACUAGCACUCUAUAUUACCUGGUAUCAGGAAGAAAUGACCUUCCUCAGAGCCAGCCAAUUUCUGGGGCCCUGGAUCCUGAUGUGAAAGAUGUUAUUAUUAAUUUCCAAGCUUAUUGCUGUGUUCUUCAGAAUUGCUUUCCUAUACAUUCCUCAUCAAGACAACCAAUCCCGAGGAAGCGACCAGCCACAUAUAAUUUGUGGUCAAAUCAUUCUUUUUGGCAAUCUUCUCCAGAAAAUAAUUUUACUGUACCUUACCCAGGAGCAAAUGUGAUUAUUCCUGAAGGAACAUGGAUUAUAGCAGACACAGAUAUUCCCCCAAUGGAAAGGCUCAUUAUUUGGGGUGUGCUGGAACUGGAAGAUAAGCAUAAUAUGGGGGCUGCAGAGUAUUCUUACAGAACAAUUGUUUUGAAUGCUACCUAUAUAUUGUUACAGGGAGGCAGAUUAAUCGGUGGCUGGGAAGAUAAUCCUUUCAAAGGAGAAUUACAGAUUGUACUUAGAGGGAAUCAUUCCACUCCAGAGUGGGCUCUUCCAGAAGGACCAAAUCAAGGAUCAAAGGUCUUAGGGGUAUUUGGGGAGCUGGAUCUUCAUGGAAUUCCACGAGAAAUAUAUAAAACUAAACUCUCAGAAACUGCGGAGGCAGGUUCCAAAAUCCUCUCUCUGGUGGAUUCUGUAGAUUGGCAGGAAGGAGAAGAGGUUGUGAUAACAACCACAAGCUAUAAUUUCCACCAGACAGAAACCAGAAGGAUCAUUAAAGUUCUGCAUGAUCAGAAAGUUCUCAUUCUCAGUGAGACUCUUUCCUAUACACACCUUGCUGAAAGAUACCAGGUUCCCGGAACAGGUCAGAGCUACAGAUUAGCAGCCGAUGUUGGAAUACUGAGCAGGAACAUCAAAAUAAUUGGUGAAGAUUAUCCAGGUUGGUUCAAAGAAUCUUUCGGUGCACGGGUCCUGGUCAGCUCAUUCACUGAAAACAUGGUGACAUUUAAAGGAAAUGCAAAAAUAAGUAAUGUGGAAUUCUAUCACAGUGGUCAAGAAGGCUUCAGGGAUAGCACAGAUCCCAGAUAUGCUGUGACAUUUCUCAACCUAGGACAGAGUCAAGAACAUGGCUCGUCUUACAUCCGGGGCUGCGCAUUUCACAGUGGCUUUUCCCCAGCAAUUGGUGUGUUUGGGACAGAUGGAUUGGACAUAGAUGACAACAUCAUUUACUUUACUGUGGGAGAAGGCAUAAGAAUAUGGGGGGAUGCCAACCGAGUCAGAAGAAAUUUGGUUACAUUUUCAGUUUGGCCAGGAACCUAUCAGAACAGAAAAGAUUUAAGUUCAACUCUCUGGCAUGCUGCAAUUGAGAUAAAUAGAGGGACAAAUACAGUCUUACAAAAUAACGUGGUAGCUGGAUUCGGAAGGGUGGGAUACCGCAUUGAUGGUGAACCCUGCUCAAGUCAGUCUCAUUCUAUAGAAAAGUGGUUCAACAAUGAAGCUCAUGGAGGUUUAUAUGGUAUCUAUAUGAACCAAGAUGGCCUUCCUGGAUGCUCUCUUAUACAAGGAUUCACCAUUUGGAAAUGUUGGGAUUAUGGAAUUUAUUUUCAGACCACUGAGAGUGUGCAUAUCUACAACGUGACCCUGGUGGACAAUGGGAUGGCUAUUUCCUCAAUGAUAUAUAUGCCAACUGCGGUAUCUCACAAAAUUUCCAAUAAAAUGGUAGAAAUUAAGAACUCAUUAAUUGUUGGAAGUAGCCCUGAAUUUAACUGCUCUGAUGUCCUAACUAAUGAUGAUCCCAAUAUUGAACUUUCUGCUGCCCACAGAAGUUCUAGACCUCCAUCCGGUGGGAGAAGUGGGAUUUGCUGGCCUACCUUUGCUUCUGCACACAACAUGGCACCCCGGAAACCCCAUGCAGGAAUCAUGAGUUACAAUGCCAUCAGUGGCCUUUUGGACAUCUCAGGUUCAACAUUUGUUGGGUUUAAGAAUGUUUGUUCAGGUGAAACAAAUGUGAUAUUCAUUACUAACCCUUUAAAUGAAGAUUUACAACAUCCAAUCCAUGUGAAAAACAUACAGCUGGUUGAUACUAUUGAACAAGCAAAAAUAUUUAUACACAGACCUGAUAUAAGCAAAGUGAACCCAUCUGACUGUGUAGACAUGGUUUGUGAUGCCAAAAGAAAAUCUUUGUUCAUAGAUCUAGAUGGCUCUUUUCUGGGGAAUUCUGGCUCAGUGAUACCUCAAGCAGAAUAUGAAUGGAAUGGAAAUAGCCAGUUUGGAAUUGGAGAUUACAGAAUUCCUAAGGUGAUGCUCACAUUGCCCAACGGAAGUAGGAUUCCUGUUACUGAGAAAGCACCUCAUAAAGGAAUUAUUAGAGAUUCAACCUGUAAAUACAUUCCAGAAUGGCAGAGUUAUCAGUGCUUUGGAAUGGAAUAUGCAAUGAUGGUCAUUGAAAGUCUGGAUUCUGACUCAGAAACUAGAAGACUUUCUCCAGUGGCAAUCGUGAGCAGUGGUUAUGUUGAUCUUAUUAAUGGGCCACAAGAUCAUGGCUGGUGUGCUGGAUACACGUGCCAGAAAAGACUGUCCCUGUUUCAUAGCAUCGUGGCUCUGAACAAAUCCUAUGAAGUUUACUUCACUGGCACCAGUCCUCAGAAUCUUCGACUGAUGUUGCUAAAUGUUGACCCUAACAAGGCUGUACUGGUGGGAAUUUUUUUCCCUACACUUCAGCGUUUGGAUGUCUAUGUGAAUAAUGUUUUGGUCUGCCCCAAAAAUACGAUAUGGAACUCCCAACAAAAACACUGCAAACUUAAGAGACAUCUGUAUCCAGAACAAUUUUUGCUCAACCUUAAUUCCACUGUCCCUGGUGAAAACUACUUUGACAGAACCUACCAGAUGCUUUACCUUUUGGUUCAAGGAACUGCGCCUGUUGAAAUCCAUACCACUGCAGUCAUAUUUCUUUCUUUCCAUUUACCUGCUAUAACAGAGGAUGAUUUUUAUAGUUCUCAUACUCUGGUUCGAAAUCUUGCUUUGUUCUUAAAUAUACCCAGUGACAAAAUCCGCAUCAGCAAAAUAAUGCAGAGGAAAAAUCUGCAGAGGAAGAGAUCCCUGGGACUCCUGGUUGAACUGGAGAUCGGUGACCCUCCGCCUCAGUUCCGAAGCAAUGACACUGCAGGUCAGAUGAAGAUAUCUGAACUCCAAGAAAUUGCUGGCUCUCUUGGACAAGCUGUAAUUCUAGGAAAAUCUAGUAGUAUCUUUGGAUUUAAUAUCUCUUCAAUGUCUAUUACUAAUCCUAUCCCCCACCCAAGUGAUUCUGGCUGGAUUAAGGUGACUUCCCAACCUGUUGAAAGGUCUGCAUUUCCUGUUCAUCACGUGGCCCUUGUGUCCUCGCUCUCUGUGAUCACCCAGCCAGUAACAGCACAGCUAGGACAGCCAUUUUCUCAUCAGCCUUCAGUAAAGGCAAUAGAUUCUGACGGUAAUUGUGUAUCAGUUGGUGUUACUUCAUUGACUUUGAAAGCCAUAUUAAAGGACCCUAGUAAUAACCAAAUCAGUGGUCUUGGUGGAAAUACAACCAUUCCAUUUAGCAGCUGCUGGGCCAACUACACUGACCUCACUCUUCUUAAAACAGGAAAAAACUUUAAGAUUGAAUUUAUACUGGAAAAUGGUGUUCAGGCAGAAUCUAGGCCCUUCAGUCUACCAGCACAAGCUGUCUCUGGUGGUGGCAGCAGCGGAGGUAGCAGCAGCAGCAGCAGUAGUAGCAAAGCAUCAACUCUGGGCACAGAGGCUCAAAUAAUGACCGUCGUAAUUAGCUGUCUGAUGGGAAAGGUGUUGCUCUUGGAAAUAUUUAUGCUGUACUGCCCAUUUUGAACAUCACUUUAGGAAGCAACAGAAAUUCUGUUGUGAAGGCUGACAACAAAUGCAAGAACUGCUUACUUAGCUAUUUUUACUGCACAAAAAUAAAAGUCAGUAGUAUUUUCAAAAAUAUGUGCUUAAAAUAUUUUUAUAAUAUAUAAAAUGUGUUCAUUUCCUUUCAUCACAAACAUCAAAUUUCUUCAAAAUACAAACGUCUUGAUCCUUUAUGUGUAUGUUCUUACUUCAUUAAAAAAAUUCCUUCAGAA